UUUGUUAUGGCAAUAGCAAAGAUAUAUGUUUGUUUUGGAAGGUGGAUGUCUUCAGUAAGGGGGUGCUUUUUCUAGCUCUGUAUGGGUAGGGGUGCCCCUGCCAUAACGCCUGAAUUGGCAUAUACCCCCUUCCUUUGAGGCUCAAGGGGUGUGGGAACCAGGAGGCCCAUUGGUGUACCUCAGGCGGGUGGGGAGCGGAUUAGGCAGGCAGCGGCCCAGUACCUGCUGUUUGGUUUGGAAAUUAGUGGGCACCCUGGGCAGAGGCUGGGCUGGCCAGACUAGGGAUUAACAGUCUCCACCCCCCAAUUCCUGCCCCCUGGGAUGGAAUUCGCUCCACCCAGCACAGUUACAACCAGGAACAGAUUAGGUGACAUGAUGGUAGAGGACUCAGGCCAAAGGUAUCCCUGAAGUCCUAACUGUAGAGCCAUCUCACUGAGUGGCCUCAUGUUUUCCUAGUUUGAGCUUCAUCUCUAAAAUGGAGGCAAGUGUGGCCAUUCACAGAGCCAUGGGACAACUUCACCUGGCCCUGGAAGGCAUCCAGGGGGCCCCCUUAUCCCCUUCACUCCUCUUUCUGCAACUGCCUGGACAGCCACAUUCGUCCCCACCUGGGGGACCCAGCACUGGCAUGACCUCAUGUUUGCAGGUUCCAAGCCCGAGCUGGAUGGGGGUGGGGGAAAUGCGUACCUGAGGACACGCAUGAGUCAGGAAGUGUUCAAAUUGUGCACACCCAGGGUCUGGGUGUGUGAGGGUGUGCGUGCAUGUAAGGGGAGCCCAGCCACAAGCCCAAACGUGUCCUGGACUCGGUUGUACUGGGUGUGCACAAGCGGGUGUGGGCAUGUUGGGGUGGCAUUUGUAAACAGUGGCAAAGACCCCUGGCUCCCAGCUGAACCACCUGGGUUCAAAUCCCAGCUGUGCCGUCAAAGGACUGUGUCAUUUGAGCCUCAGUUUCCCUAUCAGAUAGUGGGAAUGACGAACACCAACUUCAUAAGCCUGCUUGUAAGGACUCGGUGAGAUGAAAUAAGUAACGUCUUUACAAAUGUUAUUAUUCAUUGUUACAAUGAAGCCUGUGAGCUAGCUUGGGCAGCCUGCCCCUAGCCCAGCUGGUGUCCAGCUGUCAGAAGUGUGUGGGGACCCUGUAGACUGGAGGAGGGAGGUGAGUGGGGAGGGGAGAAGCUGGCUGCAGUGUGUAUAAAUAUACAUCCUAGGGAGUGGGGGCCCCUGGUCAGGAAUGGAGCUGCAUCAACUUGAAGCCUGUCCCCUGCCCCCGGCCCCCGCCCUGGGGCCAACAGCUAGCAGUGCCAACCUGCAUCCACUUUUAUGGGCUGUCCGGCAGCUGGACAGCGAGGAGCAGGUUUGAGGGUAGCCAGCCUGGGCCAGUUCCUAAUUACCCCAGGCGGGGCAGACAUAUGCCAGGCUUGGAACAAGGUGUCCUGGCUGACAGGGCUUCCGGGUGGAGCCUCGUAAAGCUAUCCACAUUCCUAGUGUACAAGGUGGACUGGAGGGGCCCAGGGUCUGGACCUCAGAGCUAUCACCCCUCCCACACCAGGCUGUGUGUUUGGGGAAUGGGAUAGGGAGGCUGAGUGUUUGUGCCGGGCUAGGAGUGUCCACUUUGUAGGUGUCUGUGAAGGGGGAACAUCUCUCCUGCCUCCAUGCAAAUGUGGGGAUACAUUCUUGUGUCCCCAAGCUUGUGUGUUCACGACAAUGCUGAGAGGGUCUGAGAUCUGAGGUGUGUCUAUGGGGGACGGGGGUGCCUGCACACCCACUAAGGGGGCAUUAGAGAGGGGGGUCUCAUCAAUGUGCAAAUGCAGGCGAGUUUCAUGAGUUAAGGGAUGACCCUGUCUGGAUGGGACUGUUGAGGGUCUGUGGCUGUGGAGGACGGGUCUCUGUUGUAUGCGUGUGUCCUCGCAACACUGACGGAUCUGAGGCCCCCAGGAGCAUGUGCAGCCGUGUAGAGGGCAGGCGUCCCCUCAUCUGUUGUGUGACCACGGGUGCAUCUUUGUGCAGGGAAACCAGGAAUAAAUGUGCGCCACCACCCUCUGUGGGAUGGUAUGUGGCUGUGUGUGAAGACUCUCUGGGCUCUGGGUGGGGUCUGCGCUUAGCUGGUGUGUGUCCAUGUUGAGGGAAGCUGAACUUGUGCCUGGGUCUCUGAUGUAUGUUUCUAAGUACAGUACAUCUUUGUGGCAGUAUGAUUACAGGUGACUAUGGAGUGAACCAGCCCCACUGAGCUGUGUGUGUGUGUGUGUGUGUGUGUGUGUGUGUGUGUGAGACUGGGAAGGACACAGUCCCCGCCCUCUCCCCCAGCUCUGGGUCCAAGAUCCCUUUGACCUGCCAGUGACUGCCAGGGAGAGAGACAGGGAGGAGCGAGGGAGGCUGGUUGGAUUUCUCCCCCUGCUCCAGGUAACAAACUGGCCAGACUUCUACACAUUUCUGAGGCUGCAGUCCAGGGGUGCGGGCCAGGGAGGGACUAUCCACGCCCACUCAGCCCCCUCCCACUCCAGGGUCUGGCUUAAGCUACACCCAACGUUGAAGCCACCUGCCCAUCUAGUCCCUGUGCCUGUGUGUCCUGCGCCUGCCAUCAGGUGAGUAGGGCCCCGGGCCCAGGGGAAUAGAGGACCUUGAGGACAGGUGGGCUUGUGGGCAGGAAUCAGGCAGGAAUCCUUCAGAACCCUCAAAGCAUGGAGUGAAGAGCUUGGAAGGCUAGAGAAUGAAAAGAGGACAGAUCCAGGAGACCCAGAAGAAGGGGAAGGAUAGCUAAGUGGAGGGUGGGAGGCCGGGGUAGCUGUGCAGGGCAAGGGGCCAGCUUGAGGCCGGUGGGUGCAGGAGGGAACCUGGGGGCCUGGAGGCUUGAGGAUGGCUUCCUAGAGCUUCAAACGGGAGUGCAGGGGUGGAGGAAGGGCAGAGACUGGGAGCUAGGGGAGGGGGGACAGGUGGGAUCUGAGAAAGGAAUGGGGUGGGGCAGCCUGAGAACCCAGAAACGGAGGCACUGGGGACUCCGGGAGUAGGGGAAGCUGCAGAUGCAGCCCAGGUAAGGGGAUGGGAUGGGAUGGGGUAGAAGGCAACUCGGUUGACUCAAGAGUUUGAGAGGUGGAGGCUGGUGAGGGCCUGAGGAGGUAGGCGCAAGAUGUGGGGUGCAGGAGUCCAGAAAGAGGGUGGCCUGCGGGGGAAGGCUUGGGGAGGGCGGCAGCGGGAGAAGGGGCUGAGCAAGGCUGGGAGAAGGCUGGACCGGGGAGGUGGCUGGGCCGGGGCGGGCACGCUGAGCUGAGUCAGACGUCCACCUUCACCCCCGCCCGUGGCCCCCAGCCCUCCCUCCGGUCCCCCCACCCCGUUCCUCCGCCACAGGUGGGCGGUCGGUCCGAUCCCUCCUCCUCCGGCCGGACCGGCCGGCGCGCGGCGAUGACCGUCACCUACACGGCCCGCGUGGCCAACGCGCGCUUCGGCGGCUUCUCGAAGCUGCUGCUGCUGUGGCGCGGCAGCAUCUACAAGCUCCUGUGGCGGGAGCUGCUCUGCUUCCUCGGACUCUACAUGGCGCUGAGCGCGGCCUAUCGCUUCGUGCUGACCGAAGGCCACAAGCGCUACUUCGAGAAGCUGGUCAUCUACUGCGACCAGUACGCCAGCCUCAUCCCCCUCUCUUUCGUUCUCGGCUUCUACGUGAACCUGGUGGUGCACCGCUGGUGGAACCAGUACCUCUGCAUGCCGCUGCCCGACGCGCUCAUGUGCAUCGUGUCGGGCACGGUGCACGGACGCGACGAGCGCGGCCGCCUCUACCGGCGCACGCUCAUGCGCUACGCGGGGCUCUCGGCCGUGCUCAUCCUGCGCUCGGUCAGCACCGCGGUCUUCAAGCGCUUCCCCACCAUCGACCACGUGGUGGAGGCUGGGUUUAUGACCCGCGAGGAGCGCAAGAAGUUUGAGAACUUGAACUCAUCCUACAACAAGUAUUGGGUGCCCUGCGUCUGGUUCUCUAACCUGGCGGCACAGGCCCGGCGGGAGGGCCGCAUCCGGGACAACAGCGCCCUUAAACUGCUGCUGGAGGAGCUCACUGUGUUUCGGGGCAAGUGUUCGAUGCUCUUUCACUACGACUGGAUCAGCAUACCCCUCGUCUACACCCAGGUGGUGACCAUCGCCGUGUACAGUUACUUCCUGGCCUGCGUCAUCGGUCGCCAGUUCCUAGACCCUGCGCAGGGCUACAAAGACCACAACCUUGACCUGUUUGUGCCCGUCUUCACUCUGCUGCAGUUCUUCUUCUAUGUCGGCUGGCUCAAGGUGGCAGAGCAGCUCAUCAACCCCUUUGGAGAGGACGACGACGAUUUUGAGACCAACUUUCUGAUCGACCGCAACUUCCAGGUGUCAAUGCUGGCCGUGGACGAGAUGUACGAUGACCUGGCUAUGCUGGAGAAGGACCUGUACUGGGACACAGUGGAGGCUAGGGCCCCCUACACCACGGCCACCGCCUUCCUGAGGCUGCAGCCCUCCUUCCAAGGCUCCACCUUCGACAUCACGCUGGCCAAGGAGGACAUGCAGUUUGAGCGGCCCGACGGCACGGACUUGCCGCUGGGCGAGGCGCAUGGCGAUUUCUGGCAGCGCCUCCCGCUGGUGGGCCCGGGCAUGGCUGCAGGAAGCCAGCUGGGCCGGCGCCUGUCCGUGUUGCGCCGCAAAAACAGCGGUGUGUCCGAGGCGUCCACAGCUGCCAGCUGCGCGGGCACCAGCACCCUCGAUGGCGUAGCCCCGGAGGGUGACUGUGGGGACCUACUGUUGGACUCGGGACUUCGAGAGCCGGAACCCGAGCCCCACACUGGGCCAGAGCCGCCAGCCCCUGGGCUGGACGCUGAGCCCUUCACCAGAGUGUCCAUGCCCGCACCCAGAGGGCCGGCUCCACCCUGGCUGCCCAGCCCCAUUGGCGAGGAAGAGGAGAAUCUAGCUUGAGGCCCUUGGGCCCAAGAUCCCCAAGAACAAGGAAUCAAGACCCACACCAGACCCACACUGCACCCACGCAGACAUCUGGGUCCACAUAAGGCCCUCGAGAAUUUCAUCUGCCGGCUUUAGACCAGUUCCUGCCACCCGUGCUCCUGUCUUCAUGUCUGGCCUGUGUCUCCUGUGGGCCGGCCCUGGGCUAAGGGCAAAGGGAUUUUUCCAGCUUAGAGCAGCUCAUUCUCCUACCAGCUCUACUCCCCCCGCCCCCCUCCCGCGCCCCCCCCCCCAAGGGCCCUAUGUGUGUGCUGCCUUUAUUGUUUCCUUAAAAUGGAGAUACGAGCGCCUACCUCUUUGAGCUGUGAGGAUGGGAAUGAAAUAACAGCUUUAAGGCGUUUGUACAUAAUAGGUGCUCAAUAAAAUGUUAGUGGUUUCUACUCAAAUGCUGUUAGUCUGACUUCUCCUGCCACGCAUUAUGCUAAGUCUGAUUUUAGUAAAUUUCCAGGUUAUUUCAUGACGCCCUGCCCACUUCUUUCCAAAGUCUGCUCUCUGAAAUGGCCGCAUCAGUGCACACUUUACUCAUUCAUUCAUGUACCAGCCACAGUCCCAGGACUACAGCUUCCUG